AUGAGAAAAAUUUUGAUCGUUGAGCCGUUUUAUGGUGGUUCGCAUAAAUAUCUUCUUGAUCAACUCAUUCCGGCGCUAGAAACGGCCAAAUAUUCCGUCACGCUCGUCACUCUUCCCGACAAAAAGUGGCACUGGCGCGCUCGAGUUUCAGUCCUUCAGCUUCGGAGCAAAAUUCCAAAGGACAACUUCGACGUUUUUCUUACUUCUUCGGUUCUCCCUUUGGCCGAGUUUAUCGGCCUCUUUCCCCACUUAGCGGCGAGCAAGAAGGUCAUCUACUUCCACGAAAACCAGCUGGUCUACCCUGUUCAAGAAAUCAAGAAUCGAGAUGUCCAGUACAGCUACAAUCAAAUCACGUCUGCUCUCGUUGCCGAUCGGUUGCUUUUCAAUUCGACGUGGAAUUUCGAGAGCUUUUUGGCGAAUAUUCCAAAGAUUUUGAAGCUCAUCCCCGAUUUUAAGCCAAAAGGGUUGGAAAAAGAAAUUGAGGAAAAAUCAAAGGUCGUUCAUUUUCCUGUCAAAAUCCCUGACUUUCCAGCUACACCAAAGUCUGGUCCUAUUCACAUCGUUUGGGCGCACCGCUGGGAGCACGACAAAAACCCUUCCAUGUUUUUCCGGCAGCUCGAAACAAUCAAAAGUCCCUUCAUCCUUUCUGUCCUCGGAGAAUGCUACGAAGAGAAACCGAGGAUCUUUAUAGAAGCGAAAGAAAAGUUCAGCGAACAAAUCGUCAAUUUUGGCUUCUUAUCGUCGAAGAAUGAUUUUUAUCGAGCGCUAGAAUCGGCGGAUAUUGCUGUUUCGACCGCGGAUCAUGAGUUUUUUGGUGUUUCGAUGGUUGAGGCGGCGAGAUUGGGGUGCUUUCCUGUUGCUCCAAAUCGGCUCAGCUACCCAGAGCUCUUCCCAAAACGAUGCCUGUACAAUACUGAAUCUCAACUUGGCAAACUUCUGAGAAAUCUGAUCAUUGACGCAGUCGAGAGACAUCAAGAACUCCGGCUCGAAGGCGAAGAGCCAAUUUACACCGACGACGAUGUAGCGGACGGCCGCGUUCUCGACGACCCUCGGAACAAUUUCCAACCCGUUCUCGGCGGCGAACUCGACCCGGAAAUGCGAAAACGAAUCGAUGCUGCUCAAGCUGAGCUGAAUAUUCAAGCGCCGGAGGAGAUUCUCAAAAGCUCGCAAGACGAAGUCGCCGAUGAAGGAAUCCAGGAGGAAGAAUCGACAGCGACAACAACAACUAGCACGACAACAACGACCACAACGACAACGACUUCGAAAACAGCGGUAAGUGAGGAGCAACACACGACUUCAGCCGAAACGACAACAACGACGGAAGAUGAAGAAAACUCGGAAGAGCUGGAAAAUGUCGCCUACGAAAAUGAUGAAAAAGAGGACGAAGAAGAAACGACCACUUCAACGACUACAACGACGACGACGUCGACAGUCGAAACAACAACAAAACCAGAAGCAAAAAUCGCUGAGGAAUACAAAGAAAAGCAGAGUUCUGAGAAUGUAGAAGAAAAUGGAGGAGAAGAAAAUCAAGUAGCAGAGGAAGAAAGAAUCGAAUCUGAAGAAACCACCACUUCAACAACAACAACGACGACCUCCAAAACAGCCACUUCCCCCGUCGAUGAAGAUGAAAAAUCAGAAAACAAAGAAGAACCAAGCCCUGAACAUCCAAAAAAUGCCGAAAAAGCAAAAGAAAAUGACGAAGAAGUCGAAAUCACCGUCGAAGAAGACGAAAAAGAAGAAGUCAAAGAACAGCCAGUUCAAGAAGAAAAGCCUGAAAUGCCGGAAGAAAAGGAAGCGAAGCCGCAAAAAACACUGGAAGACGCAAUGAAAGACCUGGAAGAAAAGAAAAAAGCGGCAAAAGAAGCAGCAGACAAACUAAAAGCUCUUCAGCAGCGUCCAAAUAUUGGAUACGCUCAGUUCGGGGCUCACGAUGUCAACGAUUUCCAAGCAAUCAUGCCUGUUCUCCGAACAAUCAAGCCCGUCAACAAUUACGAGCCCUACGACUUCAACAAAGGCACUCCCGGAGAAGCAGAUAUUCUAGAGAAGCGAGAGAAAGUGAAGGAAAUGACACUCCACGCAUGGAAUGGAUAUAAACUGAAUUCCUUCGGCGAAUCGGAAGUGAAUCCUCUCACCGGCCAGCCGGUCAACUCCGAGCUCUUCGGAAAGGCGCACACGGGAUUGACGAUCAUCGAUGCUUUGGGGACGCUGUAUUUGAUGGGAUUGAAGGAGGAGUUUUUACAAGCGCGGGAAUGGAUCGAAAAUGACUUCAAAUUCGACGCCGAAGCUAUUCCCGCUGUUGUUUCAUUUUUCGAGUCAAAUAUCCGUCAUCUCGGAGGUCUUCUGUCCAUCUAUCAACUAACUGGAGAUCAGUUGUUUCUCGAAAAAGCAGAAAUGGUCGGCCAGGUUUUGGAAAAAGCCUUCAAGGGGGAAAAAGGACUUCCUUACGGAAGACUGGAUCUUCCUCAUGGCUCUGGAAUGUCGCAAGGCUGGGUUCCAGGCGGAUGCUUCGUUUUGGCCGAAAUUGGGACGAUUUCUCUUGAAUGGGUUACUCUCGGUCUUGAAACGGGAGAUCUCCACUACAAAGAGCUGGCAGAGCGGGUUCAAAACUACACACGCGAUCAUGUAGGCGAGUCGGGAAUCUAUGCGAAUUUCGUGAAACCAACCGAGGAUGGAAUUGAAAGCUGCUCAAAUGCGAUCAGUUUUGCUGGCUGCGCUGAUAGUUAUUAUGAAUACAUUCUCAAGUUCUAUCUUCUUGGAGGAAAAAAAGAUCAGGCACAACUUUCCUGGCUUGAGAAAACUGUCCAGGGGGUCGAAGAACAUUUGGUGCUAGAACAAGAGAAGGAGAAAUACAAAAUCAUGAUGGUUGAUGGUCAGCAAAGGAGAAAUCCGAGAACGGGUGCGUUUGAUUUUUCAAAAGGAAAUCGAAUGGGCCAUUUGGCUUGCUUUGCUGGCGGCUUUUGGGGCUUGACCGCACAGGUUUUGCCCGACAGAGCGGAGAGGUACAUGGAACUGGCCGCUGGCGUCACUCAAAGCUGUCGAGAUUCGUACGUCGACAGUCCGACGAAUCUCGGCCCGGAGACUUUUUCAACGACUGGUGCUUCAAACCCGGGCAACGAUUAUUACAUUCUUCGGCCAGAAACUGUCGAGAGUUACUUCUACCUCUGGCGGCUUACAAAGGAUGAAAAAUAUCGCGAAUGGGCUUGGGACGUGGUCCAAGCACUGGAAAAACACUGCCGCACGGAGUUCGGAUUUGCCGGCCUCAAAAGCGUGAAAAGCGGCCAAAAGAACGAAAUCCAAGAAUCGUUUCUUCUUGCGGAGACGCUCAAGUACCUGUAUCUCAUUUUCUCCGACGAUGACUUGAUUUCCCUCGACGAGUUUGUUUUCAACACUGAAGCACAUCCGCUGAGGAUCAAUCCGAGCAUUUAUCAAAAUUGA